AUGGCGUCCCCCGUGGGCGCGUGCCCAGGCGUCGGCGAGCUGCUGGUGCAGGAGGCGCUCGAGGUGCUGCUGGAGCCGCCGAGGGCCAAGCACUCCAAGAGGGCGGGCCCCGGCGCGCCGGCGCGCCUGCCGGCCGCGUGGCUCGAGGCCGUGCACGCCGAGGGCCGCCAACAGGGCGGCCGCAGGCGGAGGUACGAGCUCCACGUGGCCACUCCGCGCGCGAGCACGCCCUUCACGCCGCGCACGAGCGCGCCCUUCACGCCGCGCAGCGGCACGCCCUUCAGGGGAUCCCGCUCGCCGAGCCCCCUCUUAGCACCGCCGGUGGUGCCGCGGCAGGAUGCGCGCGGCAAGCCCCAAGGGCAGGGUGGGCCAGUGGCGCCUUCGCUGGUCAAGAACAUCUGCGACAACGCGCUCUGGCGGGCAAGGGCAGAGACAGGCAUGGAGACCAACCCUGCCGCGCGCCCCGUGUUCCCCGUGCUCCGCUGCACCACGCCGCCCGUCGGGAGGCAACCCUCGAACCCAGGGGCCGCGCCCCUGCUCAUGAACGGCCCCCAGGGCCCCCCGCGGACGCUGGGGCACAAGGCGCUGCCGCCGGGCACCGCCCAGAUCAGCUCGCAGCGGAGCCCGCGGCUGCUGGAGCGGCAGCCGGGGCCUCCUACCGAGCCGGGGGAGUCGGAGGGCAACUUCUGGCGCCCGCCCUCUUCGGCAGCCGCCGCGCGCCCCGGCCCCGCGGCCCGAGAGGGCCCAGCGGCCGGAGUAGCGGCGCCCAGCAGGCCCUGCUCGCGCCAAGGGACCGCCGGCAGCCGCCCCGCGUCGCGCCAGGCGGCCGCCAGCCGACCAGGGUCGCGCCAGACAGUGGCGGCCUUGCCCGCCUCGCAGGAGGGGGCCGCCAGCAGCGGCCUUGCUGCGCAGCGCCGGACGGUGGUGGCGGCCCCGCCCCGCCGAACGGUGCCUGCGGCCCCGCCCCGCCAGUCGGUGGCUGCGGCCCCGCCCCGCCGGUCGAUGAUGGGCCCGGGCGGCCCGUGGGCACCGCGCAAAGCGGCCGAGUCGGAGGCCCUGGCUGCGCCUGCAAGGCCUCCGGCUUCGGCGGCCCAGGGGGGGCUGCUGCACAGACUCGCAGAGGCCAUCGAGGACACCAGCGCCGACCAGGAGGAGCCCGAGACUCCGACGGGAGUGGCGAAGAGGCGCAGCUCGGCCUUCCAGAGGCUCAUCGGCCGGCUGGAGGCUAAGAGGGAGGCCCCCUCGUGCACCACCAGCUCUUCCCUGAGGGCCCUGAGGGGCAACUUGAGCAGGGGGAUGAGGCUCAGCGCGUUGGACUCGCGCCGGAGGGCGAUCGUCAACGCUCCUGGCCUGAGCGAAGAGGAUGCCCUCCGAGCCGUGUCCGUCUUCAAUCGCUACGCCGGCCAGGGCGGGCGGAGCCCUCGAAGCGGCACGCCGUCCGGGCCCCUGCUCACGGACGGGGAGGUCCUGACCCAGGCCCUGGCAGACUUCGGCAUUCGGGCGCGAACGCGCACGGAGAAGCUCGCGUUGGCGACAGCGCUUCCCGGGCAGGACGAGGAGGUGUCUGCCAAGUACCGGGACUUCUGCAAGCUCAUCCUGCAGGCGCGGGAGAAGAUGCAGUUGGCGAUCGCCCCCUUGAUAUUUACCGCGUGGGUCCGCGAGGACGACCAUGGCAGGGGGGUCCUGGAGUACGAGGGCAUGAUGCAGCUCCUGGCGGAGCUGAACCCAGACAUGAAGACGGACAACUUUGACCUUGCACUUAAGGCGAAGUCCAUCGUGAAGGAUCUGGACAGCGGUGGCGACAACCAGUUCAGCUUCCACGAGGCCGAGCAGAUUGUCUGGCGGUUGCGGGAGUUCAAGGAGUCGAAGCGCCGCGCCGCGGAAUACGCCAUCCGAGACCAGCACGCGCUCAGCCAGGCGACCUUCCAGGAGUUCCGGGAGCAGCUCGUGGAGAUGCACGACGCCUUUGUGAACGUGUCUGAGCUCCGGAGCGGCAAGUCCGCCUGGAACCGCUUGCAGCUGAUGCACAUGCAGAGCCAGUUCGGGCUGCCGACGCCCAGAAACCAGAUGGAGGCAGAGGUGCCCCUGUGGAAGAAGUUCCACCUGCAGACCCUGCGACCCGGCAGCGGCGAGGACGACUUCCCGGACAGCCCAUCAGCCUCGGGCAGCCCCCGGGCCGGGGAGGAGAGGAGGGACGCGCUUCCCAGGUCCCCGUACUCCAAGGAGGACGACGAGGACUGGGAGGAGUGGUGGAAGGAGGCCGGCGACGAGGGCGCCAGCAGCUUCGAGAAGGUGUUGGUGCUCUGCAGGGAGCAGCGCGCACGCCAGAUGCGGGACAAGCUGGCCGACACGAUCACGCUCUUUGGGCACUACGACAAGGACAAGAGCGGGCAGCUGGAGAUGCAGGAGAUAUGCCAGAUCCUGGACGACAUGGAGCUCCUGCCCAAGUCUGGGGUGGAGCAGAUGGCCAUCGCACAGAUGAUCGAGGAGGUGGACGCGGACGGCUCCGGGUAUUUCAGCUUCGACGAGUUCGAGCUCAUGAUCCAGCGCAUCCUCGAGACCCUCGCGCAGAUCGCUUACAAGGCCGAGACUAGCCAAGCCGCGUCGCUGGAGUACACCGCCGAUCAGAUCAGAGACCUCCGGGAGAUCUUCUAUGAGUGCGACACGACGAGCAGUGGCUCCAUCGACCGCGGCGCGCUGACGGCAGCCGUGAGCAUGAUGGGGUUCCGUGUGUCGGCCGCCAAGCUCAAGACCAUCACCGACGAGAUCGACGUGACCGGCUCGGAGGAGUUCAGCUUCACGGCCUUCGCCCGCGUUCUCCGGGCCAUACAGGACGACCUGCAGAGAGCCGCGCCCGCCCUCGCCCCCACGGCCGAGGGGCGGCGUACGGCUUCGGAGCCGCAGGCCGCCGCGGAGAAGAGACUCAGCGCGGCCGCCCAGGCGGAGGAGAUCGUGACCCGGAGGGCCCUGAUAACGCACUCGGAGCGUGAGCGCCGCGAGAGCGUGGAGUGA